GCGAACAGAGUGGAGGGAGGGAGAGGAAAGCAGAAAAUGAGAGUGUGGCAAGACAGCGGCUCAUAGUGACAGCAGGGGCAGAGGGAGGCAGAGCGAGCAAGUGAGCUGGGGAAGAGAAAACUGACAGUGGGGGGAAAAUGCAGGAAAGACACAGAAGCUGAGCUGGCGGAGGAGAAAACAAGAGAAUACAGCCAAGGCUAGAUAGGAUAAUUAGGAAGCAACAGUGAGGAAACAGAGAGAAAGUGUGCAAAUUGAGUGAUUUGUCCAAAUGUGUCUGUGAUGUUCAGCUGGCGGUGCUUAAAUCGCAGCGUGGAGUGUGUUUGCGUGAGCGCGUCUGAUUGUGCUACCAGUACUGCCUGGAAAACGUGCUUGGUGGAUUAUGAGAGAUCAAGAAGAGGACGAUUGUGUGUGUGUGUUAGAGAGUGUGUGUUUACUGGUGAACAAAAGGGCUAGGUGCAGUUUGAACGUGAGUGUGCGUGUUUAGAUGGCAAAAGCGUGCAGCCGGAGAGUUGCUUGAGGAAAGGGAAAAGACCGUGCAGACAGUUAAAGCACUUGAGGAUGCCAGGGCAUUCAGGGACAAACAUAGCUCUCAGAUAUUGCACUCUCAACGUAACUGCCGUCUGAGUACUUCAGACCCAACGAGGGAAGGCAAACCAAUAAACAGAGACCGCUGAAGGCAGAUAAGGCGAAACUAUGGGAGCAUGUGUCAUUUUGAGCCACCAGCGGAACUAUUUGUAGGACCAAAGGACCACCUCUGUUGCUGCUGACUACCUCAAAGGGUAAAGCUACGAAGACUGUAGGGUUUCUUUGGAGGUCUACGUGAAGGGGUUCAUUAUAGUGUCCAGUGAUCCCUUGAUGUCUUCAGCACCCAGCCAUGGGAGAGUGGACCAUUUUAGAGCGCCUCCUGGAGGCCGCUGUGCAGCAGCACUCUACAAUGAUUGGAAGGAUUCUACUGACGGUUGUGGUGAUAUUCCGUAUCCUGAUUGUGGCCAUCGUAGGUGAAACCGUCUAUGAGGACGAGCAGACCAUGUUUAUCUGCAACACCCUCCAACCUGGUUGCAAUCAGGCCUGCUACGACAAGGCCUUCCCCAUCUCCCACAUCCGAUACUGGGUCUUCCAGAUCAUCCUUGUUUGCACACCCAGCCUGUGCUUCAUCACCUAUUCCGUGCAUCAGUCGGCCAAACAGCGUGACCGUCGAUACUCCUUCCUCUACCCAAUGAUAGAGAAAGACUACAGUCGUGAGGGUACCCGCAAACUACGCAACAUUAAUGGCAUUUUGGUGCAACAUUCUGACAGCGGUGGUGGAAAGGAUGAACCUGAUUGCUUAGAGGUAAAGGAGAUCCCAAACGCUCCAAGAGGCCUCCUGCAUAGCAAGAGCUCCAAGGUACGACGACAAGAAGGCAUCUCUCGCUUCUACAUAAUCCAGGUGGUGUUUCGCAACGCACUGGAGAUAGGCUUCUUGGCGGGACAAUAUUUUCUGUAUGGCUUUAGCGUCCCGGGUAUCUUUGAGUGUGACCGCUACCCCUGCCUGAAAGAGGUGGAGUGCUAUGUAUCACGGCCCACCGAGAAGACGGUCUUCCUAGUGUUCAUGUUUGCAGUGAGCGGUAUCUGCGUCGUGCUCAACCUUGCCGAGCUCAACCACCUCGGCUGGAGGAAAAUCAAGGCUGCCAUUCGAGGUGUGCAAGCCCGCAGGAAGUCCAUCUGUGAGAUCCGCAAAAAGGACAUGGCCCACCUGUCACAACCGCCCAACCUGGGCAGGACCCAGUCCAGUGAGUCUGCUUAUGUCUGAUCUCCUUUCACCCAAAUAUGGCGUCACACGGAGUGGAGCAGAGAGUGGAAUGCUAAAAUGACAAGGCGGUUAUGGUACUUGUGCAAAUGUUUAUAAUGCCAAAGGGGGAGGGGCUCCACAUAGACACACCCCUUUCCCACAAGCCACUCCCUCCCUCUUUAUAGCUUAUUACAAUGUUUGAGGAGGUUUGCACAAUGUUAGGUUUCUGGAACAGUAUGUGAAGACAGAGCAAUUUUCGAAAGUCUCAAACACAAGGAUCAGUGGAAGGGUGAUAUGAGGAGGUGAUGGAUGUCCAACAGAGAAUCUGGGUAUGUUUUCCCACUUUUCUCCCUCUCACGUUUUGGGGAAAGAGGAAAAAGAAGGAUAGUUAGCAGAAGAGCAUAGCAUGACAAUAACCUCCCACUUUCCUCAACCGUUGUCACUGAGAUGGUGCCAGAAGAAGAAUACUGUUUAGGUUUGCUCUCCUGGCAGUCAAUCGGCCUAAAACAAACAACGGGUGGGAUAUAAACAUUGUUACAGCAGUGGCACCUUCACUUUGACAUUUGAUUGAACAAACAUUAGAAUUUUUUUUUGUAAUCUCUCUCUGGUCGUACAAGACCAGGGGGAUGAUUAUUACCUCUGCGCAAAGUGUGCCCUUCCACAAAGACAUCCACUGUUACGUGUUCCAGUUAAAUAAUCAUCCCUAUUGUGGUGCAUGAAUGUGUGUUUAUAUGUAUGUAUGUGACCAAAGUUAGAAGAUUUUAGAGACUGCAGAAUCCUUUUUGUUCAUUUUAAGAUUAUAUGUUUUUUUUUUUUUCCUGCAAAGGUUGGUGCCAUUAACAUAAAUGUUUAUUUCAGAAUAUUAUUUAAAACAUUGUUAAAAGUUUAUUGCAAAGUUAAAUCUUUAUUUUUAUUGGGAAUGGGAGCCAACCCUGCUGAAAAGAAUUCCAAUGCUGGUCCAAAGCUGGUUUAUGCUGAUUAUUGCUGGUUUAACGUGGAGAAGCAUAGCCAUGCUGUGCACCAGCCAAAAAAAAAAAAAUGCUAAGUAACCAGCAUGGUCUUUCUGGUGAACGUGAUUAUCAAAGAAAAUCUUGUUUGUUAUGAUAAAUGCUUGAUGGGGACACCCGUAAAUAGAAUUGAAGAAAUGUUUUCAUGUUUCUAUCAGAUUUUUAAUAUAAAAAAAAUUAGCAUAAAGGUAUCUUUCAAAGGCAUGUUUUAUCUGUCAGACUUUUGAAAUUGAUGUUCAUUGUGUGUAAUUAGGAAAAAGGAUCAAUUGAUAGUGUUUUUAUUAGUUUUUCUUCUCGUCACGUGUUUCGGCAUGCCUUUACUAUUAAGAAAAGAACAAGCUUAGAAAAAUAUAUGUAUGCAUUGCACUUUGUGGGAUGGGAAGAGUGGAUAAAAGGAGAAACUCACUCUGGGAAGGACAUUAGUGGUGGGAAAGUGAGCUUUUUGAGAAUUGGUCCAUCCUAAAUAAGAUCAAUGACGAGUACGUAAGUAUGUGCGUGUAUGUAGCAGUGAUCCCCUGUGUGCCUUUGUUUACACAGUGUGGGUUAAAUCAGGGUGUAACUUCUCUAACAAAAAAAACAUUCGAGUUGUCAUUCAGCCAAUUUUAGCACUUGCUUAGGCCCACUAAAGUAAGUACUUGUGCCUACACCACCUUGACUCCAUUCUGCACGUGCAUAUAAAACAACCCAGUGUAGACAGAACACAGUGCAACUAACACGGACCAGCUCGUGACAUAACGCAGAGACAGAAAACACUGUCAGAGAAGAUGCAGAGAGAAUGAGAGGAAAUUGCAGACGCCCUUCAAAAGCAACACAAUUGUCCUGACUUAGGCAUUUCUUGCAGAAAAAGUCCUUCACAGGAAAGCGUGUGUUUAUGUCUAGCUUGACAUGAAGUGCAGUUUAGCCGCAAUUUUGAUUCAGGCCAGAAGUCAGUGUGAGGAUGGAUAUUGUCGUUUACAUCUAAACUGAAUGAGAGGUAUAAAAUGGGCCACAUUUAUGAGGUGUCCAAUGCAUGUCACAUUUGUUUUACUGCAAAUGUAAACAACUCGUAAAUGAUCCGUAAAAACUUAGAAGCAAUUGUGGACUUUUCUGUACUUCCUGCAAGACAUGAGCAAGGAUUUCUGCGAUUACAUUUAGACCCAGGGUACAAAAUUAACACUCACCAAGCGGCAAAUGUGAUUGCCUAGUACAUGAACGAAGCUACUUGCCAGUUUAUUAGGAACUGCAACAGUACUGCAAUAAUCUGACCACUUCAAAGUGAUGCAAUUCAAAGACAUACGAACUACUGCUGUUGUUUUUCAUUUAAAUGCAAAUACAGUUUCAUGGCCAUUAAUAAAUAUUUAGGGCUGGUACACAUGCUAAGUUCAACCUGUCAUUAGCCAGCAUGGUGAAAAGUUCAUUUUGGACCCUGUUUAUACACUCUAAAAAUAUUUAUUAAACAGCAUUUUUGUAGCACAGAACUAUUUCACUGAAGUUUAAACAAAACAAAAUGCCAAUUAAAUAGUUUGAAAAAAUAAAAAUAAGAAUACUAUACAAGGCUUUUUUUCUCAUUUUUAACUUAAUCAGAAUAAAUAAAUAAUACUGUGUUAUGGAUAAAAGAAAGACUUAACAAUCUUUCCUAACACCAAAGUUUGAUUGUACCCUCUGUAGAUCUAAAUAUUGGGAACACUUUAACAUGUAAAUUAUAAGGGACUAUAGCCAUUAUUGUGUAAAAAGAAAAUGCAUUUCUACACUUGGUACCAAGCACAUCCUACAUUUGUCUCUUUUCUUACAAUGUACCUUCUCCUGUGUUAGAGAAUUCCAGUUCUUUUAUCUGAUCUACGAAAGUACUAACUCUACCAAAAUCAUAACCUCUGUAACUAUGCAGCAUUAAAGGGCAUCUUUUACAAGCACGUCAUUUUCAAGUCCAGUUCAGAGAUUAUGAAGAUUGCUUCCCCAAGUGAGAACUUCUUCAUGUGCUUGCAUCAAUCCACUCUUCUCCUCAGUCUAUUUUUAUAAAACCUAUAUCAGAGUUUAAAUACUAGACAAAAAAGAACAUCAGAUUUUGUUUUUUCUUCUUCUUUUUUUUUUAUUCCAGCUUGUGAAUUAUGUUUAUGUGUGUUAAUCUUUUUACAGUGCUGUAAUAUGAUGGUUAAUAGGGAAACCGCAGGGGGAAUUUAAAGACUAGAAUUAGGAAUUGAAGUAAAAAUGUGGCUUUACUUGCCAAAGUUUGUUAUAUGCAACAUCAUAACUAAUUGGGUUUUGGUGAAUGGGUUGUUCAAUUACUGUAAAGCAUGUGUAGUGAUAUGGAAAGCAUGUUUUUGUUCUUUUUUUAUGAAACAGAAAAGCAGGGACAAUGGCAUGGUUAAAUCAGAAAACUGAGUAAAAUGGCAAAUUUUCAGCAAAUGAAUGGGCCAACUCUAAAGUUGAUAGCAGGUUUUUUUAAAGUACACAGACUGCAAACUUGUUACAAACUUAUGCAACACUUAAUUUUCAGCACAAACUUUUGUGACGAGCGAAGUAUUUUUAUGAUUACAUGCAUACUGUAGUCACUGCCAGAUGAUUUUGUACAAAAUACAAAAAGCAACCUGUGUUUAAUUGACAAUAGAGGUCGACCGAUAUUGGAUUUUACCGAUAUCGAUAACUAGGUUGGACCACACUGGCCGAUACCGAUUAAUCGACCGAUAGUUUUUAAAAAAAGGAUACUGAACGGAAAAUAAAUAAUGCUCCACUAAAAAAAAAAAUAAAAAAGUAGCUUACUGAACCAUACUUUGUAAAUGAAUACAAAUAUUAAUAUUAAUUAUACAUUGAUCAUUACAGUUAGUUAAUUGUUCAUUAAUGUUAACAAAAGCAACAACAUUUUUUUAAAUACAUCAGUGAAUGCUGAAAUUAACACACUCUAACAAGGAACAAUACUUCUAUUCUACAGCUUUUAUCAAUCUUAAUGUUACAAAUGGACUCAUAUUGUAAAGUGCUACCAAUACAUCAACAAUCAAGCUAAAGAUGGCCAUCUUUGAAUAUCUACACAAAGGCCACAGUACUGAAAUUGCAUACAUAUGGAUAUUGUGUACUUUCACAAUUUAACUGCUUCUAUUCUAGAACAUUUGUGGUUAUGUAAUCAAAAUAUAAAAUAUGUUAGUCACACAACAGGCAAAAGUACAGCACCGCGUCUAGAAGAACUCGCAGCUAUCCGGUAUAACACACACUGGACACGUCGCAUUCAAUUCAAGCGGCGGUCCACAAGACUUUAUUUGAUCAUCAAAUGGGCAAAAGUAUUCUGCUGUCAUUUCUCUACUAAUGCAGCAUCUAGUCAACAAAUUCAUCGCUUAGUAAUGACAUGAAAACAUGCACUACAGUACACACCGUUUGGUUGUCGAUGUUUUAAAUCCGCCUUUGAAGUGUCCCGCUCUGUGCAGCGAGCAGUGUCACGCGUCUAAACAAACGAGGCCACUCUUGUGCUGUAUAACAAAGACUAUAGGGACUUUGCUGUAUAAUGACGACAUUGUCAGCCGCUCCAGCAACGGACCCAACCUGGAAAAAACUAUCGGCAUGGAUUUUUGCCGAUAACCGAUAGUUCCGCCAAUCAACUAUCGGUGCCGAUUAAUCGGCAAAACCGAUACAUCGGUCGACCUCUAAUUGACAAUAUGACCUUAAUCUACUGCCACUGGUCAUCAUCUAAAAUUUGAGAUGAGACAUUAACUGUUGAUAUUUGAAAAAGUCAUAAUGGUAAUUAAACACCUAGAAAACAGUGUGCCAGUGCACAUGAAAAAAAUAAAAAAUGUCUCAGGUGGCAGAUUUUUAAAAAACGACCUUUUCAAAUUACAUGUUCUAAGUGUUUCUACAAUUAUUAUUCAGUGUACAGUAUCUUUGCAAAACCCAGUUGAAAGUUUGCCCAUGUUUUAUAGAGCUGUUAAACAAAAAAUUCCUGAAUAAAUUGUAAAUCGUUUGAUAGCAGUGAAUCUUUUACAAACAUGUUUUCAGGAUAAAUACAGUGAAUAUAAACAGAAUAAUGCUCAAACAUCAGUCUAACGAGUCCUGGAAGUGCCAAAAGAUUUUUACCGCAAUCAUGCUAUACAUAUAAAAUAAUGAAUACAACAGAGUCAAGUUCAUUCCCCGUUAGCUCAGGAAAAAAAAAUCAUUCUAAUCUCACGUUAAUCCUUUUUGAAUGAUCAUCACAUGUCCCAGAAUGCUCUCUGAGUGUCUGCCAGAAAUCACGGCACCCACAGUCACCAGUGCCCGUGUCCCAACUGCACUUUUCCAUUGCCAACUCAGGUUUUCCUAUAAAGCUCUGGCUCAUGAUCAAUCCCUCAUUUCAUCAAGGACAGUUAAAUGAGAUGAUGCCGUGUUAGUCUGUUGUCCUUUGCUUAAUAACCACUGUUGUGUUUCCAAACUGCUCAAAAGAAGUCAUCCUUAAGUUGUAAUUCACAUAGGGUUCAAUUUUCCUUUCUCCUUAUAAAACGGCAUUACAAAACUGGUGUGGUAUAGAACUUCAACCAGUUAAAACUCCACGUGUGCUGCCAGGGGUGUUUGACACCCGCUGCACAAGCCGUACUAAUCUCUCAGGAAUAAGAAGAGUCGCCGCUCCUAAUCACUCCCAGCUGCUUACACGGCCGUAUAAACAGUGGAUUAGCACUUGGCAAAGGCAAAAGGGCAGACGACUCAUCCAUCCUUCGUACCUGUACCAUCACAGGACAAAUCACAUCAACACAUGCCGCUAUAACUCAGGAUCUGUGCAAAGGCGCCAAUCCUAAAAAACAACGUUUAUACACAGAGAGAGUAGCAUGAGAAAUCAGGAGUCCGUUCGACUAACCAGGGAAACAUUAUUACAGGAGAACUGCAGGAACAUUACAGUUAAUCACAAUUAGCCAUAUGAAACAUAUUGAAGUGAGGUGUUCUUGGGGGGUCAAAACCAUCCCCUUGGUUCUAUUGCUCAUUUAGAAAAACGUUACAGUUCAACAAUUACAAGAUUCUGAAAAAAACAUUUAGCAGGUGUUAGACUUGUAUUAUCGCAACGUUCCCCUCACACCAUAUGCCAUGUGAUAACGGGUAACGGCGCUACCUGCGGCUGAAUGUUACAGCCACGUCCUUCAGAGAUUAUACAUAUUUAUGAGGGCAAUGUGCAACCCUUUAAUCCACUAUGAAAUCAACUGUCUGAUUACUUUAUCUAAUUAAAAUGGGAUAGAUUGUGUGCAUGGAAUAGGAUUUGUUAAAUUAUCUUCUUUUAAAUCAGAUUUUCUUUUUUUAUUUUGUUUUUAUUUUGUCUUAUUUUCUGUGUGGAAAUGAUAGGCAAAGGUCAACGCACAAUUUUGUUCAACUUAAUGUGCAAAAUGUGACGUUCCUGAAAUAUCAAACAGGUGCUGCUAAAAGCUAUACAGAUCUUACUGACAGCUGUACAUCAAUUGUCAAGUCCACAAAUGCCACCAUAUCUCUUAGCCCUGUUUUGAUCUCUUUCAUAGUUUUUGCAAAAUUUAAUCCAAAUAAACGAUUCUUACUUGCUUCUAAUUUCUGUAAGGAAGUCUGUUGUUUGGGACACAGAUUUCUAUUUUGUAACUGACCUUAUUUGAAGGUUUUCUUUCUAUAUGUUUCUGACUUGUGGAUUGUGUACAAUUACUUAAUUAAACACCUUGAAUGAG